CAUUUCUGCUAGGUGUAUUAGCAAAUCGGAUUGUUAUUUUGAACAAGGUACUUCGCCGUAGGACAGGAAGUAAUUCUUUUCACCUUCCGGUGUUGCCCUUGCUUAAGGUUUGAGAAUGGAGUUAGGAGGUGGCUGCUGGCUUGAAAUUGAAAAAGCGGAACGAGAAAAACGCCGAGAGCUGGUAUUACAGGGACCCACUAUAGAUGCCAAAAUAAAGGACAGUGGCGGGCUAUCAAUGCGAGUGUAUGAUUUAAGUUUGUUAAACUAUCUAGAAGUCAGCCAUUGCCCCAGUCUACGGAUCUUGCAACCAGAGCUUGGAAAACUGCUCCACCUGCAAAGUCUAAUUUUGUGUCGCAACGGUCUUGUCGAGCUUCCUACAACAGUAGGUGCCCUCCGGAGUCUUAAGGUUCUUGACGUGUCUGGAAAUGAUCUAGAAAUAAUACCCGAUGAGCUGAGCCAACUCGCCGAGCUCAACACACUCAACGUCAGUUGUAACAAGCUGCAGGUCUUGCCCGGCACACUAGCCGGUUGCCUUAAAUUGGCAACCCUCAACUGUUCCCACAACCGGCUGACCGACAUUCCUCAAGAGCUGUUCAGUCCUCAGCUAGAUUUGCUCAGCAGCAUUGAAGCCACUGAGAAUGAGAUCACCGAACUGAGCGCAGACGUCUGCAACUUGGUAGCGCUUAAGGUUUUGGAUCUGUCAAAGAAUAAAAUUACUGAGAUACCAGCGGAAUUGGCUGAAUGCCCUAAACUUAAAGAGAUAAACUUUAGGGACAAUAAAUUAAAAGACAAGCGCCUGGAAAAAAUGGUAAAUGGAUGCCAGACUAAAUCAGUCCUUGAAUAUUUGAGAGUUGGUGGUCGAGGGAAAGGAAAGGGGAAGCAAGAAUUGAAUGACAAGGAUGAAGGCAAAGAUAAAAAGAAAAAAAUGGAUAGGCGUCAGAGGAAGAGGGAUCCUCAGUCAGAAGAUGCAAAAGAUGAUCUUGAAGAACUUAACAAGAUGGUGGUGAGGGUUCUUAAUGUCUCUGAGAGUUUCAGUACCCUAACAGUGCAAGUUACCACUGCAGUAAAGGAUGUGCGGCCUUAUAUUGUAUGUUGCAUCAUCAAGGGGAUGAACCUGAAACCAGGAAAUGCACUAAAAAGAUUUCUUGUUGCACAGACUAAGCUACAUGAUGAAAUCUGUGAAAGAAGAACAGCGGCCACUAUUGCCACACAUGAUUUGUCUUUGAUUAAAGGACCUCUUACCUAUGAUGGUAGACCACCAAAAACAUUGAAGAUCACACCUCUUGGCCGCAAGGAGACCAAUGCAGCUAAUUUGGUGAGGCAACUCCAAUUUGAGGCAGAGGAGCAAAGGAAACUAAAGAAACGUCAGAAUGUUUCUGGCCUCCAUAAGUACCUUAAUUUACUAGAUGGAAAAGAAAAUUUCCCAUGUGUCAUAGAUGCAGAAGGUCAUGUUAUUUCAUUCCCACCAAUAACAAACAGUGACAAAACAAAGUUGACCAAAUCCACCAAGGAAAUAUUUGUUGAAGUGACAAGCUCCAAGAGUUUGCAGGUCUGCAAAGACAUUAUGGAUGCUGUUAUUCUGAAAAUGGCAGAACUGAAUAAAUUUACUUUUGAUCAGAAGGAAGAGGUUACUUUGGAAAUGGAAAAUGAGGGUUCUUGUCCAGAGUUGGAAGCCAGUCCACAACAAGAAAGUGACAAUUCCCCAGAGCUUAUAGUACAGCAAGUUCGUGUUGUGGAUGCACAAGGCAAUCUGAAGGUGGUUUACCCUUCUAAAACUGAUCUGAACUUGGAAAACACUAUCUUAACUGUUCUUCGUUAGUAUAAAAAAGCUUUUUGGAAGUUCAGCUAGAAGCAUCAGAUGUGAGCUGACAAAUAAUUGAGGUAUUGAUGCAGACAUUGUGAAAACAUCAAGAAGACACUUACAUAAUGAAACACGUCAUGUGCGAUGCUUUAAGAUUUGCCUUUGAUUAAAUCAAGCAGUUGAUUGUAAAUGAUAGUAACCCAAGAAAAGCACUUUUCAACAGGAACUGUUUACUAAGCAUUCUUCAAAAUGUCUUGAAAGGGAAGUAUGUUUAUAAUUUUUUUACAUAUCUUCCACGAAUGUAUGCUUGCACUCUUUAAUAUUUUUAAUUCUAUGGUACAGCCUUUCAGCAUUUUUGUUUAAGAUGACCAAUUGUUCGCAAAACCCUACUAUGACAUUGGCCAAGAGAAAAAAAUGUUAGAUUAUCAUUUUCACUUUCAUUUUGAAUGUUUAAAUAAAGUUGACUAAUUGUUCAUUUUCAUUUAAACAAUAGCGUGUGUGUCUCUUGACAAUAGAGAUUACAGUAGACAUCCAGCUUUGAAUUGGGUCAGUUUAUUUAUACGUUAACUUGUGUUAAAAAUGUAACAAAAACAAUGUCUUUUGAUUAUGUUGAGGUACAGUAUGUUAAACUAAUGCUUUUCCAUAUCUUUAGCGUUUUGAUGGUGGUAGGAGUGUUUUGUUAAAACCACUGUAACAUGGUAAAAACACAGUUGAUAGGUACAAUAACAUCCUGUUGAGUCUCUCAGACUGACACAGCAUGUUAAUUGUUAAAAAAUGGUUUCAUGACCAUGUCUUCCAUUGAUUUCAAAACUAUUUACAAUUUAAGAUUUCUUAUAAAAAUGGAAAUUCAAUUUUGUCCUGUAUGUUAAUAUAUAAGAUUUUAGUAGUAA